AGCGACGUACCAGCAGCCAGCUCACGGGCUCGGACUGUCGCCGCCGCGUUUGCGCAGGGGGAGCUGGUAGCCGCCGCGGCCGCCUGGAAUUGUGGGGGUUGUGUCUGCCACUCGGCUGCGGGAAGCCGAAGGUUUCUGACUGCUCACCAGAGCCUGCCUUCAUCUAGUAUGGCUCCUCUGGGCAUGCUCCUUGGGCUGCUGAUGGCCGCCUGCCUCACCUUCUGCCUCAGUCAUCAGAACCCGAAGGAGUUUGCCCUGACCAACCCAGAGAAGAGCAGCACCAAAGAAACAGAGAGAAAAGAAACCAAAGCAGAGGAGGAGCUCGAUGCCGAGGUCCUGGAGGUGUUCCACCCAACACAUGAGUGGCAGGCCCUUCGACCAGGGCAAGCUGUCCCUGCAGGAUCCCAUGUACGGCUGAAUCUUCAGACUGGGGAAAGAGAGGCAAAACUCCAAUAUGAGGACAAGUUCCGAAAUAAUUUGAAAGGCAAAAGGCUGGAUAUCAACACCAACACCUAUACAUCUCAGGACCUCAAGAGCGCACUGGCAAAAUUCAAGGAGGGAGCAGAGAUGGAGAGUUCAAAGGAAGACAAGGCAAGGCAGGCCAAGGUAAAGCGGCUUUUCCGCCCCAUUGAGGAACUGAAGAAGGACUUUGAUGAGCUGAAUGUUGUCAUUGAGACUGAUAUGCAGAUCAUGGUACGGCUGAUCAACAAGUUCAAUAGUUCCAGCUCCAGUUUGGAAGAAAAGAUUGCUGCACUCUUUGAUCUCGAGUAUUAUGUCCAUCAGAUGGACAAUGCGCAGGACCUGCUUUCCUUCGGUGGUCUUCAAGUAGUGAUCAAUGGGCUGAACAGCACGGAGCCCCUCGUGAAGGAGUAUGCUGCGUUUGUGCUGGGGGCUGCCUUUUCCAGCAAUCCCAAAGUCCAGGUGGAGGCCAUCGAAGGGGGAGCCCUACAGAAGCUGCUGGUAAUCCUGGCCACGGAGCAGCCACUCACAGCAAAGAAGAAGGUCCUGUUUGCGCUGUGCUCCCUGCUGCGCCACUUCCCCUAUGCCCAGCGGCAGUUCCUGAAGCUGGGAGGGCUGCAGGUCCUGAGGAGCCUGGUGCAGGAGAAGGGCACAGAGGUGCUGGCCGUGCGUGUGAUCACGCUGCUCUACGACCUGGUCACGGAGAAGAUGUUUGCCGAGGAGGAGGCCGAGCUGACCCAGGAGACAUCCCCAGAGAAGCUGCAGCAGUAUCGCCAGGUGCACCUCCUGCCAGGCCUGCGGGAACAGGGCUGGUGUGAGAUCACAGCCCAUCUCCUGGCACUGCCUGAGCAUGAUGCCCGUGAAAAGGUGCUGCAGACGCUGGGUGUCCUCCUGGCCACCUGCCAGGACCGCUACCGUCAGGACCCCCAGCUCAGCAGGACGCUGGCCAGCCUGCAGGCUGAGUACCAGGUGCUGGCCAGUCUGGAGCUGCAGGACGGUGAGGACGAAGGCUACUUCCGGGAGCUGCUGGGCUCUGUGGACAGCUUGCUGAAGGAGCUGAGAUGAGGCCCACACCACGACUGGACUGGGAUGCCGCUAGUGAGGCUGAGGGAUGCCAGCAUGGGUGGGCUCCUCAGGCAGGAAGACAUCUUGGCAGUGCUGGCUUGGCCAUUAAAUGGAAACCUGAAGGCC